AUGCAAAUUGUGGUGAUGAACAACGGCACUCCCAAAGCAGAGUAUCGCGUUUAUUCUGGUUUUGUGGCUGCGUGGUCUGAGCAGCUCACUCAGCAAGUGGCUUUGGGAAAGAGGUGGGAGGUGCACAACUUCUCGGUGGCAGCUGUGGACAGCUUCUUGAGGUUCCUAUACACUGGGUCCAUGCCUUCGAACACCACCGUCGCAAUGGAAGCAGCCUUGAUGGCUGAAAUGUAUGGCGUUCAGGAGCCUGGCAAAUCAGUUGAAGCAACUCUACGUGGCAAUGUGCCAAUAAGGGACAUCUAUGCCAUGUUGGAAGUGGCGCAUCGCUUCCCUGACCAUGGAAUGCAGGUGAGGAGUGCCUGCCUGCGUGCCCUUCUAGCCGAUCCAGAACAGAGUCUCCGUGAAGCGUGGACGCUGAACUCGCGCAUUUUGGAAGAAUUGCUGGCCCUGGCGAGCAACGACAUUGGUGACUUCGAGCUGGCAAAGAUGAUCAUCUCCUGGCAGGAGCAGAACCCGCAUCAGAACUUCGCGGACAUUUUGCAGGAACAUGUGAGUUUCGGUGGCUUCAAUGACGAGCGCUUUCAAGAGAUCCGCUACCAUGCUGAUCGGGUUGGCUUGGGUUUCCUCGUGGACACGAUGUGGGCUGAAGCACAGGCAUCAUCUGGUGAUUGGACUCCGGACUUUUUCAAGUACUUGGAAGCCAAGUGGGAGCUUCAGUGCCAGGAACAUCGACGCAACAUGCCUUUCAUAGGCGUUUGGAUCAACUUGAUUCCCAGCAACCUUGGAUGGAAAGCACCGCUACAUUCUCACGGACCUCACAAAGCGCAGGAAGAAGUGGCGCGAAAUGUGCUACCCUUGGAGUUGCAGCCAGGCGAGUCAAUGACUUGGUUCAUGCCGAUUCAUACUGUCCACGUGAGUGGAGUCAACUUUGCAGACAAGUUCCCGAUUGAGUGCGAUGGUGAAGCAUGCAUUGAAAUCUACAGCUCCAAGAAUGGAUGCGGAUGGGAGCUUUUGUGGAAUUCAUUGCGUUCCACAUUCUCGUGCCGUACAAAGGAGAGGGUGCGAUGGUUCAAGCUCACCGCCAAGCACUACCCCUUUCGCAAUUCACUGCAAGUUCAGGGUGUCGUCCAUGCUGGCUAG